CCAUUAUUAUUAUUAAUUUUAAUCAGACGGCUCAGAUUUAUAACUACACCACCCAAUUACAUUAGAGAAUCCAUUUCCCACAUGCUACCUCUCAAAUCAACCAAAACCCCACAUACCUUAUAAUAUAUAUCUCACACUCUCUCUCAAUUUUCUCGAUCCCCUUAAUUCACUAAUUCCUAUAUCACCAUCUUAUUCAUACUUCUUCACUCUUUUCUUAAUCUAAAUAAAUGUUCCCACAAAGACAUAACAAUAUUAGUUCUAUCGAGCUAGAGCAAAUGUUGCAUUUGCUAUCUUCUUCUUCUUCUUCUCCAAUUCCACUUUCAACCUCAAUGGACAAAUCAAAUUCAAGGUGGAAACCAAACAUUGAAAUAGCUCCCAAUUGUCCUCGUUGCGCUUCAACCAACACCAAAUUCUGUUACUACAACAAUUACAGCCUGUCACAGCCACGGUAUUUUUGCAAAGGUUGUAGGCGUUAUUGGACAAAAGGUGGCUCUCUUCGGAAUGUUCCCGUUGGCGGUGGUUGCCGCAAAACCCGUCGCGGAAAGACGAUCAGGAAUUCUCAUACCGAUCGUCUUUCUGCAAAUGGCUCUGAGGAUGAUGCAGAUGGUCAUCAUCAUCAGAGCCAAAAUAACGGGUCGCGCGAUAUAGACAUGGCUCUCGUGUUCGCGAAAUUCUUAAACCAAAAUCCAACAAACAGUGAUCAUGGCGAGGAAUUUGAGAAUGAAAAUGAGCCUAUAAAUAACGGGUCACCGUCUUCGAACAAUAUUAACAAUUUGUCAACACCGGAAAGCGUUGAAACAGAGAAUGAUGCAGUGGUUCAUCCUCAAAAUCCUUUUGAUGCUGAUUCAGUGGCUUUAAAUGGGGAAUUGAGUUUGAGUGGAAUUGAUGAGUUUGAAGGGUUUCUAGGUGUUGAUGAAGAUGUGGUUCAAGAUGUUCUAUGGUCUCAUUCUGAUGCUAAUGCUAAUGUUAAUGCUAUGAUGAUGGUUUCAUCUUCAAAUUAUACAUGGCAACAACCAUCAUCCAUGAUGCAAAUGGAUGAGUUAGAGUACUCAAUGCCAUUGCCAAUAUUGAAUGAGAAUGGUACUCAUGAUGAUCAAUUAUUAUCUCAUACUUUUAAUUCAAAUUCUACAACUGUUAAUUUAAUUAAUGACAGUUGGAAUUCUUGGGGUUCCUUUGAUCUUUCAACUAUGGAAGUCUUCUCAUCAAGUUCAAGACCUUAAUUAUUAUUAAUUAAUUAGAUCUGAUUUUCCAGAUAUAUAUAUAUAUAUAUAGGUGAAAUAUUUUUCAUUUUUAUUUGUAUUAUUCUUCUUCCUAUAUUAUUUGAAUGAGGAGAACAGAAAGUAUACGAGAGAGAGAGAGAAUUGAUUAGUGCUGCAUUCUACGAUGAAGUAAAAAUUAGAAUGCUAGCUAUAGAAAAUAUUUAUGCUUAAUAUACAUACAAUAAAGUUGUACUUCGGCUGUAUACAUAAAAGGGUUAUUGAGAUCUGAUAUUGCAUUCACAAUCGCAUAGGUGAUCUGUUCUUCUACGAUUAAUCAAUUAUGUUACUCCCU